AACUUCACAUGUUCGUUUUGGCAUUUCGAAAGAAGACAUUUUCCUGAUCCUGGUUUUCAACUCAUACCUCGCCACUUUUGCAGGUAUUUAUUGGUAGAUAUGGAACUCGAGGAUGUAGAAUCAGAUCUCAAGGCUUUGAGAAGAUUAUACUGGCUUUUACAAAGUAGUGGAAAUGGUUUGCAGAGGGCAAACGCUGAAUGUCUGGAUGAGAAGGCUCGAAUCUUCUUAAAAGGUUUACUAGAUAGUGCUACUGAAAGGGUUUUUGGAGCUCAUUCAAAGCUCAAAGCAAUUCAAUUAUGGUUCUGUGAUGCACUGCCUGCUGGUAAACUGGGAAAACUAAAAGGCGUGCCAAUUCAAGGGCCAGUGUCACCAGAUGCGCCAGAAACAUCUCUUGGAAUAGGCCAAAUCUCAGCUAAAGCUCCGAUUCGCAACCAAAUCACUCUGCAUGAAGAGAAUAAGAUGCAAAUUAUGCCGCCAACUCAGGAAAUUUCUUCAGAGAAGUCGAAGUUAGACUCUUUUGCCACUGGACCUGAGAAGACAAAAGGACAUUGCAGGAUUUUCCAGAAUAGCAAUUUAGAGUGCCAGAAAUCUACUGAAGAAGGAAAAGGUUCUGACUGGAAAAAUCUGAAUCGUAACGUAGAUAUCACAAGUUAUCAGUAUCAACAACCAAAUCAAUAUAGUUGGUUUUAUGGGGGUAAAAGGCUAGGGUUGGACAAACAAAACACGUCUGUUAGUGGCACUGGAAGUCAACAGAAUAAGGGAGUUGAGAAAAUUCGGCGCAACCCGAGUGGCCUUGGGCCUUGGAUUGCUAUGUCAAGUUGUGUACCUGACUUGGGAGGAGAAAUUGAGCAGAAACCUGACUAUGGUGAUUAUAUUUCAAAAGAAGUUGCUGAUGCCAUUAGACAAAUUGAAUUGCGCAUUUUAGAUGUGCAUAUGGCCAGAAAGCAUGUGAGUACAUUUGACAAGUUGAAUUUUGCUAGUAAGCAGGUGAGCCAAAGGGUUUGGGAGAGUAACAACUCACGUCAAGUGCCUCAAGUACUGAGUCAGGAUGUCAAGCCUGGGUCACUGGGAAAUGAUGUGAUGAGCCAGAUGGUGAACCACAAUAUGAUGAAUCAUACUGAGACUGAAUUUCCAAGUCAGAUUGCAAGUCGUGCUUCCGAAGUACUGCCCCCAAAAAAUGGAGUGUUGAGUCAGUUAGUGAGUGAAGAUAUUGUAAGAAAUUCGAGUCCAAUGCUGCUAAACAAAUUUUCAGGUCACGAGGGGAAUAACGUGGUAUCAAAUGGAGAUGGCAAAUCAAUCCGGAGGACAAGUCAGGUCAUUGGUCAGAAUGUCAAGGCCAUUGUUGAGAAGUUUGAUAGUCGACUACCAAGUCUAAAUGAUAAUACAUCAGGUUGUGCUCAUAAAUCUGUUCGGGGAUUGAGGCUGCCAGCAGUUCCAGCCACAAUUGUCAGUACGAUCCCUGCUUUUCAAUCUAAUAUCCCAAGCAAGAUUGACAAGGAGAUAAUGCCCCAGAAUGAGCGAUUUAGGAUGGUUGAAACAUCUCAAUCAUCAUCGAAGCUCACUGUGUCUUUAGAAUCCAAAGAUGUAUCCAAUCAAACAAUUCAAAUGGAAGGCGGAGGUCAAAGAAAGAAAGGAACUUGGACCAUGUCUACAACUCACGGGAAAAAGGAUCUGCCACAUCAGAAUUCCAUUCAGUCUAAGGUGCCUGAAAUCUCGUAUGGAAACCAACUGGACCAAGAGAAAAGUGGGCUUUGUAAAAGUAACAAGUUGGGGACCCAACGGAAAAAGCUCUUUCCAUAUCAGCAAGAGCCAGAAGACACAAGUUCAUCCUCACAUAAUUCCUCCAGCUCAAUGAAUCAGCAAUCUAGCACUGGUGGUAGUGAAGAUGAAGCAUUCUUGUCACCAAGCCAGACAAGGGGUUGCCAUUAUAUGGAUCCCAGUAGAAGUACUAACAGGGAUAGUGAUCAAUCCCGAUCAGCUCAGACAGAGGGCUCUAACUUGGGCCUAACAAGCACCAGUGAGAGCGAGGGCUAUGCAUCGUCAAGUGGGAGUUGGUCCCAUCAUACAGGUUCUACGAGGAGUUAUUCUCAUAGCAUAAAUCCUGUAAAUUCUAUUGAUUACGAUGGGUAUCCACCAUCAGAUCAGGUCACAUCAACUAAUACGGGUUCUACCAGGAAUUCCAGAUCAGGGAAUAGACUAAAGCCAAAGGACCGCAUAGGGCGGUUAAGAAAACUGAAAAACAAGCUAGCCCUUAUCUUGCACCACCAUCACCACCACCACCAUUACCACCAUCACCAUGAUAAUGGUCAUAAUGAACAGAAGAUCAAGGUCAGGCAUGGCAUGCCCUUGUGGAAGUCUUCCAGGAAGGUUUUUCAAGGCACAGGUAGAGGAGAAGCUUAUGGAGAAAGAGCAGCUCAGAAACUUACAAAGCUACAAGGAAAGAACCAGCGUGGGCAUUUGAUGAAGUCCCUUGUAGAGAGGCUACUGAGGCACGUACGUAAUUCGAGGAAAACGAAACUACCCAAAUGCAUCAGACAGGGGAGAGACGGCCAUAAGGUGAUCAAGAAGUUGCACUGGUGGCAAAUGUUUCGUAGGAAAAGGGCAAUGAAGCUGCCCAGAAAAUCACAUGUCAAGCUGGGACUUGGGAGUAAGAAAUCCCAGUUACAAUCAUUACCAAAGAUGGGAUAACUCACUAAGUUUAGGACUGUGAGGAAUCACGUCAAUGACUAUUUUUGCUGCAGCCAUUGCCUGGGUCUAAUGGUUUGGCUCAACAUAUGAAUUGGAGGUGGUGUUGAUUCCGUUAUACAAGGUGUGGAUGCCACCCCAACCCAAUGUGUUCCUUGUAAUCGUAAAAUGAAAAAAUUGAAAAUAAUGGCAAAAUCUUGUCCUUGGAGAAGAAUUUCUUGUAGUGCACAGCAGUUGCGUGCGUAUGGUUCUACGUCACAUUUCAUGGUUGUUUUUUGUAGAAUCUCCAUUUCUUGUCAAUCUGCUAUUAAAUGUUCAUUUCGAGGAUUUUGCAGUUGGUUGGAAGAUGGACUUGUGCAUUUUCAGCACUUACAUAAAUGACAAUGCCUAAGAACUUGUGUUCUGCAAACGUGGUAAUCUGCAUGUGUUGACUUUUA